CCAUCACAACAAAACAAAUAUUCAAACUCCGAGAUGUUUCAACCGGAGUACGAACAACGUUUGCUUCGGGGAUUGACGGGCGGAAGGAAGGAGCAGUUGGAUCUGCGCUGCAUUCCGACACGAGCUGGUAAUCAGUGGGCUCGGAACUUUGCCAUCGCUCCCGGGGACUCCAGUGAAAUGUGCGAGAACUCUGCGUACGCCUGUCUGCUGCGCAACGAGUACCUGGAUGAGCAGAUAUCCUGCCUGGAAAACUGCAAGCAGGGCGCGGAGCUCCACGCCCAGACGGGUGACUUCAAGGUGCCGGAAAACAACCGAAUCUAUGGAUUUGCCAAUGGCGAUGCUUCGCCACCGCUGCGUACUCCAUUCGCAAACAUAAGUGAGUCCAGUCAGCGGCUGCUCAGCAUAUCGAAGCGACCCGUGCGCCGAUUGCCGCGGCGGCCGUACAAGAUACUCGAUGCACCGGAGCUGCAAGAUGACUUCUACUUGAACCUCAUCGACUGGUCGUCGCAGAACACUUUGGCCGUGGGCCUGGGCUGCUCGGUUUACCUGUGGAGUGCCGUCAGUGGACAGGUGACGCGACUGUGCGACUUCAAUCAGGAGGACAACCUAGUCACAGCGGUUAGCUGGCACGGUGACGGCCGCCAGGUUGCCAUUGGAACGCAGUCCGGCUACGUGAGCAUCUGGGAUGCCGAGCGGCAGAAGGAGAUCAACCGAUUGGACGGGCACUCGUCGCGGGUAACUGCGCUGGCUUGGCGCGGCUACAGAUUGGCCAGUGGCUCCCGCGAUCGUACCAUUUUGCAGCGGGAUGUCCGCAGUCCGCCGACGCACAUAACCCGUUGCUUGCGCGGACACCGGCUCGAGGUGUGUGGCCUCCAGUGGUCGCCCAGCAAUCGCUACUUGGCCAGUGGAGGCUGCGACAACCGCCUGCUGGUUUGGACGGACGAUUGGCCAGAGCCCAUUUACGCAUUCGACGAGCAUAAGGCGGUGGUAAAGGCUCUGGGCUGGUCGCCACAUAAAUCCGGUCUCCUGGCCAGUGGCGGUGGCUCUGCCGAUCGAUGCUUGCGCUUCUGGAACGUGCUCACUGGCAAACAGGUGCAGUGCAUCGACACCGGCGCCCAGGUCAGCAACUUGGCCUGGGGAAGGGAUUCGGCGGAAAUAGUCACUACACACGGACUGGCGCAGCCACAGGUUAUUGUGUGGCGCUAUCCCUCGCUGAAGCAAGUCACCAGGCUGACGGGGCACACGCAACGAGUCCUCCACCUGUCCGUAAGCCCGGACAAUGAGUCCGUUGUAACUGGCGGCGCAGACGAGACGCUCCGCUUCUGGACGGUGUUUACCAAGCAACAAACGCCCAAGGAGCCGAACUCUGUGCUCAGCCUGUAUCAAUCCAUACGUUGAGAGCAAAAUUGCGACGUGUACCCCUUAAUUUUCUGAAGAAUUAUAUUUAUUAUUAGCUUAAGACAUGUAUUUAUCACUUGACUUGAAUGGCUAUUUUCUAUUUUUCAGGAUGGACAAAAUGCUGCUUCCCUUACGCUGGCCGAGCAAUACAUUGGAGCCUUUAAGAAGCUGGCCAAGACGAAUAACACCAUGAUCUUGCCA